ACUCAGUAUCAGAUCUGAGCAGCCACAUACUCAGUCAUACUUGAUACAAUUUUCUAAAGUCUCUGAUAAAACUUCAAAGACCAGACAAUGGAAGCAAAAGCUUGCAAACUCAUUUGCCUCCUUAUCUUUUUCGCCUUCAUCACCCAAGGGUAUGGGUGUGAUAGGUUUAGUCUAACCCUGACACAAUCGAAGACCGGAAAGAUGGUUAAGAACAAACCGGAGUGGGAAGUGAGAGUGAAGAACCCAUGUACAUGCGUAUUCUUUGACAUACAGUUGUCGUGCGCCGAUUUCAAAUCUGUCACAACCAUUGAUAGCUCGGUUUUGUCCAAAACCGGUGAUGUGUGUCUCCUCAUGAACGGACAACGUCUAGACGGCGAAGAGGAAUACGUUUUCAAAUACGUAUGGGACACUAUCUUCAACUUCAAGAUCGCAGACUCCACUAUCGCUUGUUCUUGAAAUUUUCAAAACUUUGAGAUUCACUCAUAUAUUGGAUCC